UGUUACUGGAAUUUAAUUUUAACAUGAAUACCAGUGUUCACAGAAGAAGGCUUUAUCUUAUUCGUAAGGCCAUACUGGCCUCGUAUUCAUUGGAGGCUAAAGUGUCAGGAUGUCUGCCCUAGUCAGAAGGCUGACUAAGAGUUUAGGUAGUUCUCUGAGGCGACGAGCUGUGUCUUUGAGAAAUGCAGGCACUGAAGCAGAGCAUGCAGUGAAACAAGAUGAUUAUAUGAGAAAUGUAAAAUAUCCAGGAUUGUGGGUCUAUGCCAUCUUUUCUCUGUUGGCAGUCAGAGAAGUAAUGACUGAUCGAAAAGCAAGUCGUAUCAUUGAAGAGCAGCGAAUAUUAGCAUUACCAUUGGCUGAACGAGAGAGACCACCGGAUGUUAAAUUGCUGUCAUCUUAUCUUGGCUGGCGUUAUGAUUGAAUUCUACAUAUUUUUGCCUUUUUCUGGAGUAUUUAAGUAAAUUUUUCUGUCUGAUUUA